AUGACUUUUGCAGACCAGAUCCAUACAUUCUACGACGGCAAGCCACACCCAGAGACGUCGUCGUCGGCGUCCUUCAAGUCCAUCGACCCCAGCACCGGCCAUCCGCUGGCAACAAUUUACACCACCACGGCAGACCAGCUGAACGCCGCUGUCAAGUCUGGUCAGGAUGCGUUUGCAGGGUGGUCACGUACGCCUCCUGCUGCCCGCGCCCGCGUACUCCUCAAGGCCGCAACGCUGCUCCGUGAACGCAAUGACGCCCUCGCCCACACCGAGACGCUGGACACUGGCAAAGCAUGGUCAGAGACCUCGACCGUCGACAUUGUGACUGGCGCCGAUGUGCUCGAGUACUACGCCUACCACGUCGCCUCUGGCGGGCUGGACGGCCAGUCGACGGUCCUGCGCCCGGGUCCAAGCGGUGCCGAGAUCCGGACCACACACGAGCCGCUUGGCGUGUGUGCUGGUAUCGGCGCAUGGAACUAUCCCAUCCAGAUUGCCCUGUGGAAGUCGGCCGCUUGCCUUGCGGCAGGCAACUGUAUGGUCUACAAGCCCAGCGAAGUGACCCCUCUGCACGGCAACGCUCUGGCACAGAUUUACAUCGAGGCUGGCCUGCCACCAGGCGUGUUCAAUGUCGUCUACGGUGACAGUGUCGUGGGAGCUCCGCUGGUUGCUCAUGCUGGGAUUGCCAAGGUCAGCUUUACCGGGCAGGUCAGUACCGGUUCCAUUGUCGCACGCGAAGCCGCAGCAGCAAUGAAGAGUGUCACCAUGGAACUUGGCGGUAAGAGCCCGCUCCUUGUCCUUCCCGACGCCGACGUAAACGACGCCGCCGACACUGCAAUGGUCGCCAACUUCUUCUCCACGGGCCAAGUGUGCACAAAUGGCACCCGUGUGUUCGUCCCCGACAAUCUGCUGCCCGAAUUUGAGCGCGCAAUCGUCGCAAAGUGCCGCGAGGGCAUCCGCAUGGGCCUGCCGAUGGAUGACAGCACCAACUUUGGUCCCCUCGUGAGCGACCCACACCGCCGCAAGGUCGAGGCCUACAUCAAGCAUGGCAAAGAGGUCGACCGGGCAAAGGUUCUGUACGAUGGCAGCAAGGACGCGCAGAGCAAGCGCCCCACACCCGACGGCUACUGGGUCCCACCGGUCGUCUUCACCAACUGCACCGACUCGAUGCGCGUCGUCCGCGAAGAGAUCUUUGGCCCCGUCAUGUGCAUCCUGCCCUACUCUGCCAAGGGGCGGGAGCAAGAUGACUGGCUUCCCGAACUCAUCCGUAGGGCCAACGAUACGCCCAUGGGACUCGCUGCCGGCGUGGUUGCCACGGACGUUGGACUGGCGGCUUAUGUGAUCCACCAGGUGGACGCAGGUAUUACCUGGAUUAACACUUGGGGCGAGUCGCCGGCGGAAAUGCCUGUAGGUGGUUGGAAGUUGAGUGGCGUGGGCGUGGAGAAUGGCCAUGAGGGCAUCCGCGCGUACACGCGUACCAAGAGCACGCUUGUGCAGCUGGGCAGCGGCGCGUGUGCAGGUGUCUUUGCAAAGUUGUAG